UCUAGGGAAAUAAUCCAUCAUUAAGAAGAAUAAUGUCGCCUCAAUUUGAACAAAAUAGAAUGGCUUAAUCCAUAGGAAACAUUUUCAGUGAAGGCGUUUGUUUUAACUUUUCUCGAACUUAACCAUGCAGAAAUCAGACAAAUACUUAAAAAGAAUUUUAAGCAGUUUAUAAAGGCAUAGUUUAGAGGUCAGAAUUUGGGAAAACGAUUAAGACACUCUAAAUCCAAGGUUAGUUUCUUCCCUUUCUUGGAAGAAAGCAUCUUGAAACAUAUGUAAAUUCGUAAGAAAUACAAAUAUUUGUCAUCAAUGGUAUUUGUUUUCAGGAAGAUAUUUUAAUUGUAGCAAAUUUCUGAGACUCUACCAGGUUUUAAUUUGGAUCAGUAAUACGGGUUUGAUUAGGGCUCCUAGCCUAAUUAUAAGUCACUAGGCUUCCUCCGCGAUUAAAAUCUAGUAUGCACCUGUUAUCUUAAGUUGCCCAAUAAGGCAUUUCUAAAUGUUUCGUUUCCUCUUGUUGUAUUAUUAAACAUCAGGUUAGAUGAAGUUACAGUAAAAUACUUACGGGCGAAGGGAUCUAACCCAGAGGCGGCUCUAAACAAAAAUGCAGUGGAGCCCCAACUAACCGUUCAAGUGAAAUAAUUUAGAAAUGCCCCAACCUUUGGGGUAAGAAGCAAAUGGCAUAUUUGAUGAUACAAUUUUGUCACAAAUUCGAGGGCAGUUUCAAGCGUCCAGUGGUCGAGGUCUGGCUUUUCCUGGAUUUCGGGAACAAAAGAAGCACUUGCAAGCGGACCCGGGGAUUUAACCGCCUGCUCUCCCCUUCCGUCCCCGCAAGUCAAUCAUAUCGGGGAGGACGAGCGCCUACAAACACGCCUCGCCUCUGGUCUUUCCCUUCGGGGCUGGCGUUUGGGAAGGGAGAACCAGUGACUAUUAUUCGGUAGAUCAACGUCCCGGGACCGAGCAAGGCCCAGCCCCGGGUCCUCGCAGCCGCCACGAAACUCGGCCCGUUCGUAGGCGACCGACACGGGAUAGGAAAGCUUCUCAAGCAGGGGAGGGAGAGGAAACCGCGCACAAAAGAAGUACGGCGAGUCCCUUAUCAGCGUGGAAGAGGAAGGGUGGGGAAAAGAGAAACAGAAACAGGCCGGGCGCCCGGCAGCCCGCCCGAGCGGCUUUUAAACUGCGUUUCUACAACCUCUCACACGGCGCCGCGGCUAAUGGAACCCGCGCGAGGCGUCCCGCCAAUCAGCGCCGCGCUUCCUCCCGCCACGGGCCAAUGGCGGCGCGCGUUCUUGGGGCGUGGGCGAAGCAGGCUGCUCGCCCCUGCCUGUAGUGUGUGGGCUCGGGUUGCUGCGGGCUCCUAGCUUGGCCGCGCUUGCUUCGCGCUUCUGCCGCGGGGCCUUUGUGUCCGCCUCUUGCUUCGCUUUGUGUGUGCGAGUUUUGCCGUGCUCCGCGGCGCUCCUCCCGGGCGGCCGCCGUGAGGCUCGGAGGCGGCGGCGUCCCCCUCCUCCGGGUAAGGAACGAACGCGCCGGCGUGAGCGGCGGGAGUGAGGGCUGCGGGAAGGGGAUUCGCCGCCGAGAUGCCGGAGUUCCUGGAAGACCCCUCGGUCCUGACGAAAGAGAAGUUGAAGAGUGAGUUGGUCGCCAACAAUGUGACGCUCCCGGCCGGCGAGCAGCGCAAAGACGUGUACGUGCAGCUCUACCUGCAGCACCUCACGGCGCGCAACCGGCCGCCGCUCGCCGCCGGCGCCAACAGCAAGGGGCCCCCGGACUUCUCCAGCGACGAGGAGCGCGAGCCCACCCCGGUCCUCGGCUCCGGGGCCGCAGGCCGCAGCCGUACCGCCGUCGGCAGGAAAGCCACAAAGAAAACUGAUAGACCCAGACUAGAAGAUAAAGAUGAUCUAGAUGUAACAGAGCUAACUAAUGAAGAGCUUCUGGAUCAGCUUGUGAGAUAUGGAGUGAAUCCUGGUCCUAUUGUGGGAACAACCAGGAAGCUGUAUGAGAAAAAGCUGUUGAAACUGAGGGAACAAGGAACAGAAUCAAGAUCAUCUACCCCUCUGCCAACAAUUUCUUCUUCAGCAGAAAAUACAAGACAGAAUGGAAGUAAUGACUCUGACAGAUACAGUGACAACGAAGAAGGAAAGAAGAAAGAACACAAGAAAGUGAAGUCCACUAGGGAUUUUGUUCCUUUUUCUGAACUUCCAACUACUCCCUCUGGUGGAUUUUUUCAGGAUAUUUCUUUUCCUGAAAUCUCCACCCGUCCUCCUUUGGGCAGGACUGAACUACAGGCAGCUAAGAAAGUACAUACUUCUAAGGGAGACCCACCUAGGGAACCUCUUAUUGCUACAGCCUUGCCUGGCAGGGAGCAGUUGCAGAAGUUAGCCUCUGGAGGGAAUUUGUUUACUUCCUCCAAGUCUAGCCAUGAUAGAUGUUUAGAGAAAAGUUCUUCGACAUCUUCUCAGCAUGAACUCGCUGCCAUGUUGGUCUCUACUGCAGCUUCUCCUUCACUGAUUAAAGAAACCACCACUACUUGCUAUAAAGACAUAGUAGAAAAUAUUUACCGUGGAGAGAAAAGUGGAAUUCAACCAUUAUGUACUGAGAGGUCCCAUGUUACAGAGUCUGAGAGAUCACAAGUAAUUUCUCCACCACUUGCUCAGGCAAUCAGAGAUUAUGUCAAUUCUCUGUUGGUCCAGGGUGGGGUAGGUAGUUUGCCUGGGACUUCUAACUCUACACCCCCACUGGAUGUAGAAAACACAAGGAAGAGAAUUGAUCAAUCUAAUUAUCAAGAAACUGAAUCCCUGACUCCUCCACGAAAAUUCCCUAGACUCAGUGAAAAGUCAGUAGAGGAAAAGGAUUCGGGUUCCUUUGUGGGAUUUCAAAAUAUACCUGAAUCUGAACUGAUGUCGUCUUUCACCAAAGCUGUUGUCUCUCACUCACUCACUACCUUAGGCAUAGAAAUGUCUAAACAGUCACAGCAUGAUAAAAUAGAUGCCCCGGAACAGUCUUUUCCCUUCCAUGAAUCUAUUUUAAAAGUAAUUGAGGAGGAGUGGCAGCAAAUUGACAGGCAACUGCCUUCAUUGGCAUGCAAGUAUCCAAUUUCUUCCAGAGAGGCGACACGGAUAUUAUCAGUUCCAAAAGUAGAUGAUGAGAUCCUGGGGUGUAUUUCUGAAGCCACUCCACCAGCAGGUAUUCAGGCAGCUUCCACUGAGUCUUGUGAUAAACAGGUGGACUUAGCACUUUGUAGAGCAUAUGAAGCUGCUGCAUCAGCAUUGCAGAUUGCAACCCAUACAGCCUUUGUAGUUCGGGCAAUGCAGGCAGACAUUAGUCAGACCGCACAAAUUCUUAGCUCAGAUCCUAGUCGUGUGCACCAGGCACUUGGGAUUCUGAGCAAAACAUAUGACGCAGCCUCAUUUCUUUGUGAAGCUGCAUUCGAUGAGGUAAAGAUGGCUGCCCACACCAUGGGAUCUUCGACUUUAGGUCGCCGGUGUCUCUGGUUAAAGGAUUGCAAAAUUAAUCCAGCUUCUAAGAAUAAGCUGGCUGUUACUCCCUUUAAAGGUGGAACAUUAUUUGGAGGAGAAGUAUACAAAGUAAUUAAAAAGCGUGGAAAUAAACACUAAUGGAGUUAAGAAUAAAGACAUCUAUUCUAUUAUUGAUAUGGGGAACUUAGCAGCUUUUCUAAGAAUUUCAAGUACUUUUAUGCCAAAAUUUUAUUUUCUCUUAAAGUAGUUUUGGUUUCCAGAUUGGGCCAAUUUCGGUGUCAAGCUUCUACCCAUCAAAUUACAGUAAUAAAUAAAAAUAAUUGCCUACAAAGAACUGCCUUUUUUUUUAAGUUGCGCAGAUGGAAAGCCUGAUACAAACAAUUUAAAGCUUUGUAGAUCACUUUUUUGUCUCAAAUAAUCCACUCUUUCCUAUUAAGACUUUACAACUCUUGAACACUAAAAAUCCAUUAACUAGAAUAUAAUUAGUCUUCACUGUUUUACAUAUUACUAGAUAUCUUUUCACUUUCUAGAACUUGUCUACAUUUUUCCUUUUGUUUUCUCCCUUUUUUUUUUUUUUUUUUUUUUUACUUAUGUCUACAGUGUCACUCAUAAUAGUCUAGAUCAGUGCAACUCAAAGUGCCGGUCUGCAAACUGUUACUGCUCCACAGACAAGCAUGCACCAGAAUUUGAACCUAGAGGCACUUUUAAGAUCGAUGACAGGGUUUAUUUCUGUGGUAAAAUUUUGUUGGCAGAGAAAACAGUGUACUAAUUUACAUUCUGAUGCAAGUGCCUCGUUUCUUCAUGGACUGGGAGCAUACAGUUUGUGGACUACACUUUGAGAAAUAGUGCUCUAGACCAUAAUAUUCUGAGAUAGUGCAUUCCCACCAUGGCUGUAGUUUGUCAGAUGAAUUAGACAGUGGAAAGAUGGGGCUUGAUUAUUAUUUUUUUUAGUAACUCUUUCAAGGUAUGUUGUACUUCAUGGAUGAUUAGGCUUAAUCUAAAUUCUAAAAGCAAAUUUGUUAUUAGAUUUUUUAGAAAGAUCAUAAGAAAUACUCUAUUCCAGUAUCUUGUGUGUCUAUAUAAAGCAGUAUAUUCUGUUUACAUUUUUAUGAUUGUAAGAUGAAUGAGUCUUAACUGUAGAGACAUUUGAUAAUCAAAUUUCUUUGUAUUUCUGUGGAAAAUAGUAGUAUUGAGUAUAAGCAAAAUGCAGUUUCUUGGGCACUCCUAGCCUUUACUCUAUUCUUAGACUAUGUCCGUCUUUGCCCCCUUCAGGGAGUAAUUUUGUUAUUUGUCUUCUGAAAUGUACAUGUAUACAUGUACCUACUAAGCACUAUGUGAUUUUUUUUUAAUGUAUUGCUGUAGAAUGCUUCUUCAAAUUCAAUAAAGUUGUUAAAUUUGAACAGUUUUGUGUGGUCUCCAGAAA